AUGGCUGAAGGUGAGGUCUUCCAGUGGGGGAUGGGCGAAAUGGGCUCUGCAUAUGAACAAUAUUACACAGGGGGCUGUGUAAAAACUGAGGAGGAGGAAGACGCGGGCUUGUUUCACGGCAGUGGGGUUUGUAAAUGGUUUAACGUGCGGAUGGGCUUCGGGUUUCUGUCCAUGACUCAUCAGGAGGGAAUCUGUCUGGAAUCACCCGUGGAUGUGUUCGUUCAUCAGAGCAAGCUUUAUAUGGAGGGCUUCCGCUGUUUGAAGGAAGGGGAAGCAGUCGAGUUCACCUGUAAAAGGUCUUCUAAGGGUCUGGAGUCCUUACGUGUAACCGGGCCAGGCGGGGAACCAUGUGUAGGCAGUGAGAAGAAACCCAAAGGUGCCCUAAAGCGCAGAUCAAAAGGAGACCGGUGCUUCAACUGUGGAGUACCAAACCAUCACGCUAAAGAAUGCCAACUGCCACCUCAGCCAAAAAAGUGCCACUUUUGCCAAAGCAUCUCUCACAUGGUGGCCAACUGCCCAAUCAAAGCACAGCAGUUGUCACCAGGAUCUCAGGGAAAGUCCACAACUUCAACAGGAGAGGAGGACGACAUGAGCCACACCCCUUUACCUCCCGAGAUCUCCGAUUAG